GGAAACUAAUCUGGGUUUAUCCUGAUUUCCUCUCAGAGCUACUCUAAUCGGUGCUGCAGCGCCUCAACCGCCAGCCCUCUCUUUGAUUCAACUUUUUAUCUAGUUCAGUUUUUCUAAUUUCUAUGUCAUAAAUCUAUAUUCGCGCAUUUUUCUCUAGUCAACUGCUUAACUAAGCGGGCUUUUCUCUUUUACUGUCGUGAAGAGGCUCAAUAAUCGCUCAGGAAAUCGAUGAAAGAAACAGACUAAUAAAUUUGAUGGAGAAGUGAAGUUACAAAUAGUGGCUGUUGAAGAUGGGUCGGAAACUGGAUCUAACGAGUCUUAAUGAUGACGAGGCAGCGCAUGUGUUGCAGGUAGUGCAGAGAGAUAUGAGGCUACGCAAGAAGGAGGAUGAGAGACUAAGCGAACUGAAGCAGGAGCUGGAUGAGGAGGGUAAUCGUUGCCUCUUGUUGUCAAGGCAAACUUGCUUCAACCAGCGCUGCUGCAUCCGCUGCUGCUCGCCGUUCACCUUUCUUCUCAACCCCAAGCGUCAGUGUAAGGACUGCGGAUACAAUGUCUGCAAAGCCUGCAGGGUCUACAGCAAGCGGAGCAAAGCCUGGCUCUGCUGUGCCUGCCAAAAGAGCAGAUUGUUGAAGAGGCAGUCACUCGACUGGUUCUACACAAAUGUCAAGAAACGCUUUAAAAGGUUUGGCAGUGCGAAAGUGCUGAAGACCCUCUACAGAAAACACCUGGCAGGGCACAGCGCUCUUUCAGAGCUUACUGAAGGCAGUGCCUGUGAUGAGAGCCUCUUCACUGACGGCAGUGUCUAUGGGAGUGACUCAACAUUCUACCAGCAAACUGAAGAGCAUAGCGUGGCAGAGACGCUCAGUGUGGCCCUGCGGGUUGCAGAGGAGGCUAUAGACGACGCCAUUUCCAAGGCUGAGUUUGACACCAUUUCAGAGGAGAGUCAGAAUGAAGCAAUUUAUCUGCGGGAGCACAGAGGAGAGCUCAUCCAGGAACUGGCCCAAACCAUUGUGCAAAAAAUCAUUAGCAGGAGAAAUGUUUUGGCUCAGAUGAGAGCAGAAUAUGACCCUGGCUGGGUUUCUGAACACAUCGCUGACCAUCAUCAUCAACAGUCUGCCUACGAUCAGUCCUCUCGAUCUCUGGCACAACAAGCAAAUAUCUGGAGAUCCCAUUCAGCCUUCACUCUGCUGGAUAACAACCCACUAGCUCCUAAACUAGACUUACCUACGCAUUUAAAGAAAGAGGGCGGCGCGUCAGCCAUGACAGCUUGGAAGAGUGUAGAUCAACUAGACAAUUCUGUACUGAAAAGCCCAGACGGGAACUGGAUUGCCCUGCAGAGCACCCAGCUGUCCCGGCCCAGCCUCCUCACUAAGAGAAAGAGUCUGGUCUACAGUGCCCUGGAGAGAGAGUCCGGAGUGAUCUCUGCCUAUGAAAGCCUAGGCUCUGACAAUGAAAGCAAACCAGAGCCAGACAGCUCCUGGGGUGCUGUCCUACAGGAGAUCCACAGGAAGAUGAUGGGUGACAGCUCCAUCCAGCAUGAUCAUGGUGACAGCAUCAUGGCUCUGACCGACCAGCAGGUAGCAAGAGAUGAUCCGUUUUCGGACUCUGAGGGGAACCGGAGGCAAAGCAAAGCUUUAAUAGCUCUCCUAAAACGGAAGGGGCCUGCAGAGUUCAGGAAACCUACUUCAUCCCGUAGGACAAGCAUCAUCGAUGUAGACUUUAACCAGAAACAAGCAGAAACAGAGGUGGAUGAUUUCAAGAUAUCUGAUGAUGAAGAGGAGGGAAAAACAAGAAAAGUUCAGAAGAAGCGAGAGUGUAAAAAAGAAGCAGCAGCGUGUUCUUCAGCAUCGGAUCUAAACAACAAAGGCCGUUUUUAUUCACAUUCCUCUGCAACUAAAACUCCUGAUCCUUUUAAUUCCAAAAUUGAUAUCACUGAAAAGACCGUCAACCAGACUGUCAGUAAAUUCACCACCAAACGGCACAAAGGCCCAGGGAGUGUUUAUGAGUUUGGGCUUGGCGAAAAAGAACAAGACGAGGAAAUAGAUACAAGUAAUGAUGGAUCGCAGUCAGGCAGAAAACAAAAAAAUGAGUAUGAGAUGAAUUUUGACCGGAAAGAAGGAAGAGCAGGUGAAGAAGAGAAUGAUGGUGAGGAGGAGGAGGUCAAACACAGAUUAUACAGUUUUCUUUCUCAGGACAGCCUUGCAUACUUUUCCUCUACUGAAGAUGAGCCAGAUGGAGUGGGACAAAGUGAGGAAGAAUCGAGCAGAGAAACAGAUAUAACUAAAGAAGGACAUAAGCAUGUACAGACAGAGAGAAUAGCCUUUAGGCUGUGUCAGCUGGAAAAAGAAGUCAGAGCAACUCAGUUCUCAUCCACUGAGGAUGAACUGGACAGGAUAGGUUUAGAAGAGAAUAACAGGGAAGAAGAUAAUUGGAAAGAGGAAGAUCUGGCUAUUAAAUUAUGUAGAUUAGCUUAUGAAGUCAAUGCUAGCCAGUACUCAUCCACUGAGGACGAGCUGGAUGAGGGGGAAAAAGGAGAGAAGGAUAGAGUGGAUGAAAACGAGCUGUGGAGGGCACAACCAGAGAAAACUCAGCUGCGGGAUUUAGCCAGUUUAGUAAGCGCCUCCCAAUUUUCCUCCACUGAGGAUGAGCUGGACAGACUGGAAGAUAAUGAAGGAAAACAGGAAUCGAUUGGAGACAUAGACAUGGAGAUGUUUGAUUGGACAGAUGGAACUAAAGAAAGGGAGCAACGGUGGAGUGGGAGGGAAAAGUGUCAGCUAAAGUUUGAGGAUGUUCCAGCUGGCAAACAGAAAAGUAAGGGAGUAAAAGGAAAUGAAACAACUGGAAUGGGGCAAUUAUACAAUAAAUACAGGGAAAUCUUUAAAGAGUCAGUCGAAAGAAAGGAGAUCCCAUUAAAAACAGAAAGCACAGAAGAUUUACAGCAGGCAAAAUCUGAAGAGAAUGAACCUGGUGCAAAGAGGACAGAUACAAGGGUUGAUAAUGAGUUUCCUAAAGAAAGCAAAGAGAGUGAGAGAAAGAUAAAACCAGACACAAAAACCAAGGAGGACAAUGUAGAAUUUCACAACAUAAUCAGCAGCCUGUUGAUGAUGACAAUGGAGGACAUGCAGGUAGGAAUGUUGGACAAGGCUGGACCGACCGAACAAAGAAGGACGCAGAAUGACAACAGAGAGGGAGAGAGGGGACUCAAUGAGAAGAAAGAUGCUACAGAGCAGACAGGCGAGAGAUCAGAGUCAUUGAUAAAAGUAUUUGAGAAAACCCAUAGGGAGACUUUUGAUAAACAGCGGAAAGGUAAAAAUACAGGUAGACUUGAAAACGCUGAUGAAGAAAACUGUGGAGAUAAGACAACCAUUAAAGAACCCCAAAUAAAUGUAACCAAGCUGGAAAGUCCAAAAAACGAAGAGGAUAUUGAGAACCAGGAUGAACAAAGAAACACAGCCGAGGAGAAAACAGAUGCAAGAAACUAUCAGCAGAAAGAGAGAGGUGGGCAAGUUAAGAAAGAAGAAACAGAAGGAAAUAUAGAUGAGAGCAGCACCUAUGCUCAUCUAGGGGAGCUGCUUUCACCAGAGGAAAUCCAGAACGGUAGGGCUGUGGAGCUUUACAAAACCAUAGAGCUAAUGUCAUCUCUGUUGGAGCAGAGAUACUCUGCAGCGUCUCUACGCGGCAUCACCACUGAGGUGCUGAAGGUGCUGAAUGCAACCGAGGACCUGCUCCAGGAAGUGGAGGGUCAAGACAAAACCUCUACAAUAACACUGCUCCCAAACACUGACCCCAAGAAGCUGGACCAACAGUUCUGGAAACUUGAGGAAAAUGUUUAUGUAGCAGCUGGUUCUGUGUACAGCCUAGAGGCAGAGCUGGGUGACCUGGAGGAGUGUGCCAAAGAAAUUAGCAGCUCCACAUCAGAUAUGGAGCUAUCCUAUCUGGAGGAGCAGGUGGCAGCAGCAGCCGCCAAGGUUCAGCAGUCUGAGCAACAGAUAUGUGACAUUUCUGCAAGAAUUGCUGCUCUUAGGAGCGCUGGCCUCAAUGUGGACACUCAGUGUUGUUUCACUAAGACCAGGGGAACCACAGAUAAGUCUGUGACACUUGACUCUUCAAAACAUCAGAGAAGAAGAUUACCAGCACCACCAGUAAAAGAAGGCAAAGAAGAUAAAUGACCAGUUUUCCACCUGUUUAACAGCAGUGCCUUCAACUAUUCAACUGCAAUCAACAGACCAAUCUUAUAUAUUCAAACACCAGCUGCCUUUAAGGAAUAUGGAGCAACACUAUGGGAAGAAACUGGGUCCAAAGUUUUAUUUACCUUUGUAAACUUGUCUAUGAAAAUGUCUUUUAAUUCCAAGAUUGAUGCAAAUGUUAAACGUAUAAAUGAUAAAGCAUAGGUUAAAAAUAAAAAUUGUGCCACAACUUAUAGUUAUCAAACUCAAUAAAUAGUGAUUGUUGAAACUUUCCAAUCAGAAGACAAAUUGUCAACAUUAAUUAAGGAGGCAAAGUGUUGGAGUUUUUUCCAGCCACAACAGCUAUAGAGUACUGCUGUGUUGUUCUUUCCUCAUCUUUUGUUCUUAUUAGUGAUCAACUUGCUGAAAGGAGGCCAGUGGCGAUUUCUCAUCGAGUACUAGGGGGGCAAAAAUUUUGAAGAUCAUCAAACCUCUUAGAAGGUCUAUGGAGCAGGGGUGGCUCGUGAAGCUGGCUGCUCGAUGCUGAUUGGCAAACAUUGGCGAGAAAAAGAGGAGGUUUUCCUCAUGAGUCAAGAGGGAAAUGUGAUCAUUCUGUCAGAACAGUUGUCUUGUACUGAGCCGUUGCCGUGGUUUCUGGAGUUUAUUGCAGAGCACUUCAUGACAGUUAUUUUCACCUCUUGUAGUAAUGUGUUUUAAGUUUUUCAAGAUUUUUUUAAUUCAAUACGUGACAUUUGGAUUUCAUUAACAUUAUUCAGCCUCCCAUGUUACAGAGAAUUGUCUUAAACUGAGUUCAUGGCCUAUAUGCCCAACUCCACUACGUCCUGAAGUGGCUACCACUCCUACUCACCCCCGCUUGCUGUUAAGCGCUCUCACAGCUGUAGGGUACAGUAUAACUGCACCCUCACCUUUUGAUAUAGCGUUUGCCCGCACUACCUGAACAGGAAGCUGUCAUCACCUCAGUAACAGUCCAAGCUUUGGCCCCGACUGUUGCCAUGAUCACCGGCUGCCAGAGAUCAAACGUUUAAGAUUGUCUAUAAGAUAAACGGUAAACAUGUACAUUAUAUGCUUUAAUACUGCUGCAUGAACAGGUGAAUUAAAGUGUGCUGUUGAGUUAACCUUUUUACCCUGUAAUGAUGAAUUAUUAUAUCAAGGCUACUUUAAGCCCUGAGGUUCUUAGGAGCUAAUUCGCCUGAAUUUACAUAUGUGAAUUAAAGCAAGUACAGCUUCCAAACUAUACAUUGGGAAUACAAAUUUUUGUAUUUGUACGACAGAAAGGCAUUGUGGAAUAUUUGUCAGGUGGAACCACUAUUUUAAAUGUCACCAUGUCUGAUUUAUAGGUGAUUAAA